CCACCGUCAAAUAUGACUCUCUAUAACUUCUUUAAUCAUGGGAUAUUCCUGUCCAUUGCAUUAUUAGUUUUUACUAAGCAAGGUAACUUAAUGUUCUAGUGUAAUCCCUUCAUUGAGUUCGUUAUUCCCUGUCAAUAUAUUUUCAUCAUUACUUAUUUAAGUAGUCAAUAAUUUUGAAUUAAUGUUAUUUAAUCUCAAUAAUUACCUGUUUCGAUGCUACAUUCAUUAUUUCUCAAAUGCUGUUAAUUUAUUGCAGUAAGAAAAUUUUUGACUACAUGUAAUGCUUUGUCAGAUAACACAGUGUAAAUUAGUUUCACCCUUAAAAUUGAUUUUUUUUACCAACUUUAAGGUUACAAUCAUAAAACAAUAUUAUAUUAAAGUAUCCCACCAUUAAAAUAACUCCCACUAAAGUUAUUACUUGUCUAUUACAUGAAAUAUAAGGAAGAAAUUAUUUAAAAAAAACAACUAAAAUUGUAUCUUUAUAAAAUAACUAUGCAAACCAUCUGCUGGACCCUAUCAAAAUCAACUGUUUGACACAAUUGACAUAUCUCUAGGAUUAACAUCUAGCUCCUUAUUGGACUUCAACUGUCUUAGAAGUGGAUCAGAUUGUUUAUCGCCAUCUCACUGUGACAUCACCACAGGCAAAUGUCAAUGUCUCUACCCCAGUACAACAGGACCAUCAACUGUUGAUUACACCAGCAACACCACCGACUUAACGGUUGUAAACGUCACGUCAUUUGACUACCAAUGCAAUGCGUUCAGUAAGGCUCCAUUUUAUGUAUCUAAGGUAUCUAAACUGAGGAAAUAAAUAUUAAACUAGCAUAGACAUGCGAUUUAUCCACAUGAAUAAGAUUAAAUAUUUUUUUUAAAAUGACAAAGUAAUUGAAAGGGAACAAAAAUGGUCAAAAACUGAACGAAAGAAAUCCACCGAGCAAGAAUGCAGAAGGAGCAGCUACUAUUUUAUGAACGUCUUCUAAACCCGCCUCUCAAUGACGUCACACUGACUUGGUGGAUAAAACGUAUUAGUGCCCCCUCCGGUUCACAGAACCUAUUUGGGGCAAUCACCAUACAUCUCUCGGCAUUGUUCGAAACGAUUGCCAGCAUGAUUUGGGGCAAUCACCAUACAUCUCUCGGCAUUGUUCGAAACGAUUGCCAGCAUGAUUUGGGGCAAUCAUCAUACAUCUCUCGGCAUUGUUCGAAACGAUUGCCAGCAUGAUUUGGGGCAAUCACCAUACAUCUCUCGGCAUUGUUCGAAACGAUUGCUAGCAUGAUUUGGGGCAAUCACCAUACAUCUCUCGGCAUUGUUCGAAACGAUUGCCAGCAUGAUUUGGGGCAAUCACCAUACAUCUCUCGGCAUUGUUCGAAACGAUUGCCAGCAUGAUUUGGGGCAAUCACCAUACAUCUCUCGGCAUUGUUCGAAACGAUUGCCAGCAUGAUUUGGGGCAAUCACCAUACAUCUCUCGGCAUUGUUCGAAACGAUUGCCAGCAUGAUUUGGGGCAAUCACCAUACAUCUCUCGGCAUUGUUCGAAACGAUUGCCAGCAUGAUUUGGGGCAAUCACCAUACAUCUCUCGGCAUUGUUCGAAACGAUUGCCAGCAUGAUUUGGGGCAAUCACCAUACAUCUCUCGGCAUUGUUCGAAACGAUUGCCAGCAUGAUUUGGGGCAAUCACCAUACAUCUCUCGGCAUUGUUCGAAACGAUUGCCAGCAUGAUUUGGGGCAAUCACCAUACAUCUCUCGGCAUUGUUCGAAACGAUUGCCAGCAUGAUUUGGGGCAAUCACCAUACAUCUCUCGGCAUUGUUCGAAACGAUUGCCAGCAUGAUUUGGGGCAAUCACCAUACAUCUCUCGGCAUUGUUCGAAACGAUUGCCAGCAUGAUUUGGGGCAAUCACCAUACAUCUCUCGGCAUUGUUCGAAACGAUUGCCAGCAUGAUUUGGGGCAAUCACCAUACAUCUCUCGGCAUUGUUCGAAACGAUUGCCAGCAUGAUUUGGGGCAAUCACCAUACAUCUCUCGGCAUUGUUCGAAACGAUUGCCAGCAUGAUUUGGGGCAAUCACCAUACAUCUCUCGGCAUUGUUCGAAACGAUUGCCAGCAUGAUUUGGGGCAAUCACCAUACAACUCUCGGCAUUGUUCGAAAUGAUUGCCAGCAUGAUUUGGGGCAAUCACCAUACAACUCUCGGCAUUGUUCGAAACGAUUGCCAGCAUGAUUUGGGGCAAUCACCAUACAACUCUCGGCAUUGUUCGAAACGAUUGCAAGCAUGAUUUGGGGCAAUCACCAUACAUCUCUCGGCAUUGUUCGAAACGAUUGCCAGCAUGAUUUGGGGCAAUCACCAUACAACUCUCGGCAUUGUUCGAAACGAUUGCCAGCAUGAUUUGGGGCAAUCACCAUACAACUCUCGGCAUUGUUCGAAACGAUUGCCAGCAUGAUUAGGGGCAAUCACCAUACAUCUCUCGGCAUUGUUCGAAACGAUUGCCAGCAUGAUUUGGGGCAAUCACCAUACAUCUCUCGGCAUUGUUCGAAACGAUUGCCAGCAUGAUUUGGGGCAAUCAUCAUACAACUCUCGGCAUUGUUCGAACGCACCUUGUUAAAAUCCUUCAAUACCUUUCAGUUGAGAGUGAAAGUAACGGACAACUAUGAAUACAUUUUCCCGCCGCCGUCUACAGAACCAUUAAAAAAAAAACUGUCCAAAAUAUCACUCUUUUAACUACUGGGAACACUUGAAAAAAUAUGUUGUUACCAAAAACAGAAAAAUGUGUAACCUGUAUUUCUUUCAUUAACUUGUAAGUUUCACAUUUACAGCCGUGAACCCGACGUCCUGUGGCCCUAGGAGUGAAUGCAGUUACCAUGGCAAUUGUUCGGAUGAAUUGGGGGCAUGCGUGUGUGAAGAAGGGUACUACGGCGAGGAAUGUCACUUGCCAAGAGGUAAAUAAUAACUAAUCAGUGGUACUCAAGUCGUCAGUAUUUUGUUUUAAAUAUAUAACACCUAUACACUCUUAUAGAGCUCUGAAUUUGCACGACCCCAUUUAGCUCAUAGGUUACCUUCUUGGGAAAGUAGGAGGCGAAAAGUAAGGGUGAUGCUGAUUAAGUUCCUGUAGAUUGUAUUGGAGUUUCAAGCCAUGUAGCGCCUAUAACAGCUUAUCUUUUUUCCGAAACUUUCUCCCUUAUCGUCCUUCCCUUUGUAUAUCAAGCUUCAACAUCGCUUGUUCGACUAUUUCCUUAGCACAGCUUGAACGCAUUCCUUCAAUUAUUAUCCUUAUUUUAACUCCAUCUUUUGGGAUAAGGGGAUUUCGACAAACCUAUCCAGGAAGAAUCUGUAGAUCUUGAGAAAUGACAAUGUCAAAUGUUGUUGUGAUCCUUUGUUUGGUUUACUCUUGAACGAAAUACUAAUAAAAAAAAACAUACAGAAACAUAAAAAUAUCGUCACACAUAACUUUGUGUAGUAGAUGAAGCAAUAUGACAAAGAAAAUAACUUGACUUGUAUGUUUUGGUCCAGUUCAAGUCGCCUGCAGCCCCGCAAGCAUGUUUAUCAAUGUCAAUCCGCAUGGCCAUUUUCGAGGCUUCAUUUACAUUCUGCACAAAAAGCAGGAAAUUGAUUGCAACUUAAACAACACGGUAAGCAAGCGUCGCAUGUAUUCUUUUGAUAUUAUGGUUCCAGUUACAAUUGUUACAAUACUUAAACUGAGAUGUGAGGCUCGGCUUUACACUUCAGAAAUGUUGUUAUUGAAUCCGAAUACAAAUAAUUUAAUUAGUUUUGCACAGUUUAAAGUAAUGUUUAUAUAAAAUAUUCACAUUCCCGUUGAGUAAUUGAGUAAUAAACAAGCUUUAAAAACCAACGUUUGUAAUGAAUAUCAAUUAAACUCAUAAGUAAGGAAUUGCUGUUUAAAUAUGAAAUUUUUAAAUAAAAAUUUUCACAAUGAACGGAUUUAUCUCAUUUAUGGUAUACAUAAGUAUAUAUUUCAUCAUGCUUCCUUGCUUUUUAUCAUUAUUAUUAAUCAAUUUCAUUAAUUAAAAAAAAAAGAUCUCCCGGAAUGUGAGCAGUUUCGUGAUGGACGAUUACUUUGAUCUCGAGGGAUGGAACUUGACACUCAACCACGUCGAUGCCACUUGUGGCAAUGCAAGCUUAAAGAAGGAUCCUGCAAUGGUAGUCAAAUAAAUGUGAAAGCCCGUUUGUGUCUGAUCAGUGGCUUACUACUGUUGAUUUGUCUGUAUAGUAUAUUCUUUAUUGGGAUAUUCAUUGUGAAUGGUGUGGGUGCUAGCGACACAGCAGACUGUUUGGGUUUGCAACAUUAAGAUAAAUUAAAUAACUGUUUCUCUUUGACGUUUUUAGGGUAAGGGUUUUCUCGGAUGGGCCUAGAAUUUUGCCGCCACCUCCCACAAAAAAACAAAAAAACAACAACAAAAUUAAAAUAUAUAAAAUAAAUCAGCAGUUUGUCAAAAUAGCCGCACACCCUUAUCAAGAAAAUAAAGUGCCGCCAGGGGCAGACCGACCAACCCCCAACAGAUGCCCCUUCCUACGCCACUGCUGUUGCUGUAUUAUACUUUGAAAUAAUUAUAGAAAUAAAUAUGUCAUUGGAGGACAUUAUUUUGGACAUUUAAAGUAAAAAUUAUAAUAUAUAUAUAUAUAUAUAUAUAUAUAUAUAUAUAUAUAUAUAUAUCUUAUAAAUAUAUAAAUAUAUAUGUGAUUGGAGGAUAUUAUUUUAUAUAUAUAAAAUAAAAAAUAUAAUAUAUAUAUAUAUAUAUAUAUAUAUAUAUAUAUAUAUAUAUAUUUACCUUAUAAACAAUAAUUUAACCGGAUCAAUGAUUCAUUACAGUCAGAUGUACACAUCUAUCGACGAGAGUUCCUAAUACAGUACUCAGAAGAUAUAGAGACAAGUUUAGAUCAACUUGUUACUGCCGAGUGUCGAGUAUCCAUGGAUGCCGCGAAUGUUUCGAUUGGAGACAUAUCAGUCCAGGAUGUUAAUAAGUGAGUGAUGAAGUAACAAAAUAAUUCAAAGUGGAUUUUUAAAAAUAUAAAUAUAUAAUAAUAUGUCAUUAAAAAAAAAAUCCCAUCUGUUGUUCUUUCACUUCAAACAAAAAUUUCUUUGAAGCCAUCAAUCGUUAUGCAGAAAAUGAUUCCUAGAAUAUAUUUAUUAAAGGCUCAAACGAGAUUUCAAAACAUGACGAAAAGCGGCGCAUCAUUGGAAAGGCUGUUACUAUUGAUAAACUGUGUCGAUAUUAAUUUAAAAUUCAAAAUUAGUUGAGCAAAUUUCUGUGUAAUAGCUUAUGAUUCAUCAUGCGUAAAAUUCAAAUAUCACAAAAUGCACACUACAAAACUUACACGUGUAACAAAACCACGUGAGCUUCCAUCUCAGCUUCUAUCGAAUCUGAUUUAUUAAUUUAGAUUUAGAGACAAAAAGUAUUUUAAAAAGUGUAAGGUCUCGUUAGUGUCAAGUCGCUAACAUCGCAUUGACAAGUCACAGAUUUCUGAGAAUAGAUAAUUAAGCAAAUGGAAAAGACAGUGGUCCAUAAAUUAAUCUUCUUUUUGUACCGUUUAGCGUUCACAUGUUCUCUUUGGUUAUUGUUUGUUGACAGACCUUUUGAAAGCAUCGAUGUCUCAGACGAGAAUACCGCCAACGUCACGCUGACAGUUGAACACCAGGCAGGAAGCGCCCCCAAAGACACGACCUUUAAUCUGGGUGAUGAAAUGGAUCUGAUUUUUAGAAUGCAGAAAAGCAGCCACAGUAGUAAGGAUUUGACACAUUUCAAGUUAUCCUUUAUUUGGAAGAAUAUUAUUAAGAAAUAUAAUAGAUUUAAAUUUUAUGUUAUCAAGUUGUAAAAAAAAAGGUGGUUAGGUUCUAACUAAUUCACUCUGCUCACUGCAAAUACCCGUUGUGAGUUCGUGUCUCCAUUUGAAAUUUGUCGUGGCGUUUUUUUAAAUAAGAGACUAUAAAAAAAGUUGAAAAUAUUAAUUUUACAAACCAAAGAGAUAGAGGAUUGAAGUUGAUUUCGUAUCUCUCUUUAUAGUAGACUAUGAAUAUCUUAAAGCAGAAUGACUUUUCUUCAUUAUAAUUGUUUUACUACAGUCAGCAUUUAAAUGCAAAAUAUUUGCAAAUGAUGUAGUUAAGAGUAUGUUCGUUAAAUGUACUGAAGCCUCAUUGGUAUUGUAACAUAACUGUGUUUUUGAAAUAUAAAUCUCCUCAGCUUAUGCGGAUUUUAAAAUCAACAAAUGUGCUGCUAGCAAUCAAGACAAUCGUUUGCAAACUGUAACCGUGAUUGACGACGAGUAAGUUAAAAAUAUAAAUACAAUAUUCCUUCAGAUAUCAUAAUGUAUGGAUUUUUUAAAACAAAAUUCAAAUUAUUAAUUGAAAUAGGUCAACACUCAGAUUGGGCAGUUCGUAACAUUCAAUGAAUAAUUUAUUGAAUGCAGAAUACCACAUAAUAAAUUAAUGAAUUUCAAUUGAUAAUUGUGUAGAUGAAUUAAAAUGUUCAGACUUUUAAAAAAAUGUUUUUAAACAACCAGAUUACUACUCUGGAUCCACGUGAACCUUGUUAGUUUUCUUACUCCACAUUGCUACACCACAUAAAUAGUCCCCCUGCUUGACAUUAUUACUGUCUCCGCCUUGUUUGAUGUACAGAUGCUUCGAUGCAAACAUUCGGGCACUGUUUCUGUCCGAUGCCAACCACACACCACAGAUCUCCAACCACAGUGCAACCAACAGCAACCCUGUCAUAGUGCUGAAGCUGAAAGCGUUCUUGUUUUCUGGCCACGGCACCACUGGUCAAGUGACCUUCUUGUGUAGCGUCCACUUCUGUGAGGACAAAUGUCCACAUGUAUGUUCUUCUCUAUAG